GCCUGUGCCUGUUUUGUUUUCUGAGCAGAAACCAGGAGAAACUGAGGCGGCUCCGCGGGGCGCGACAGCAGGCCCCGCACCUCCUGUUCAGGUUGGGUUCGACUGACCUGAAAAAAUGUCUGGGAUUCUAGAAGGCCUGAGAUGCUCGGAGUGCAUUGAUUGGGGGGAAAAGCGCAAUACCAUUGCUUCCAUUGCUGCUGGUGUUCUAUUUUUUACAGGCUGGUGGAUUAUCAUUGAUGCAGCUGUUAUUUAUCCCACUAUGGAUGAGUUCAACCACUCCUACCAUGCCUGUGGUGUGAUAGCAACCAUCGCCUUCCUAAUGAUUAAUGCAGUAUCAAAUGGACAAGUCCGCGGUGAUAGUUACAGUGAAGGUUGUCUGGGCCAAACAGGUGCUCGGAUUUGGCUGUUUAUUGGGUUCAUGCUGGCUUUUGGAUCCCUGAUUGCGUCUAUGUGGAUUCUCUUUGGGGGUUAUGUUGUUAAAGAAAAACCUACUGUGUACCCUGGAAUUGCUGUAUUUUUCCAGAAUGCCUUUAUCUUUUUUGGAGGACUGGUUUUUAAGUUCGGCCGCACUGAAGACUUAUGGCAGUGACCAUGCAUUGCACAGCUCCGUGCCCUGCGUCGUGGGCUCUGUCUGCUCGCUCCCAAUCUUUUGUAAUGCCGUUUUCUAAACUUAUUUCUGAGGGUAGUCUCGGCUGAAAGUGCUCUCACUAAAAUCAUGAGAACGUCCAGUGGAAACAACCAAAUUCCCUAUUGUAGUUUGCACUUAUGCAAGGUUAAAGGACAAGGUUACACAUGAGCAGUUUUUUAUCAAAUUUUAUCAUGGUAUAUAAUUUGUAAAAAUAAAAAAUUAUGAAAGGAA